AUGGCGCCUAAGUUUGAUUUGGUUGUGAUCAAUGGCACAAUUGUGACUGCCAGCGACAUCAGCGAAUGUUGUAUAGGAGUCAAAGAUGGCAAGAUUCAAUCUCUUGCAAAUACAUUCACGGAGGAUGAGUUGGUAGGGGCUGAGAUCAUAGAUGCUGAAGGGGCAUAUGUAAUGCCUGGUGGUGUUGAUGCACACGUCCAUUUGUGCCAAGAUCUCAAAACCGGACCACACGGUCUCGGCGGCGAAUGCUCUGAUAACUUUGAGACCGGAUCAAGAAGUGCUGUUGCCGGUGGAACCACUACGAUUAUCACCUUUGCCACCCAAACUAGGGAGGAAGAAGACCGGAGUCUCUUGAAAGUGGUUGAAAGGUAUAAUGCCCGUGCCGAGGAGACUGGGAGUUAUGUGGACUACGGAUUUCACAUCAUUAUUGUUCGCAAUGAUGCGGAUAUUCUUCAAAAUGAGCUACCAGUUUUGAUCAAAGACUGGGGAAUCAGUAGCUGCAAGUUGUUCUUAACAUAUGCGACUCAGCGUUUGACUGACUCGCAAAUGUUGGAUGUUAUGUUUGCGGCGAGGAAGAACUCUAUCACAACAAUGAUUCAUGCGGAAAAUGGGGAUAUGAUAGAAUGGUUAACAGAGAAACUGGAGAGCAAGGGGAUGGUUGCUCCUUUCUAUCACGCCUUGUCGCGCCCUCCUCUCGUGGAGGGAGAAGCCACCAAUAGAGCAAUUGCCUUGGCACAGCUUAUCCAGAACCCAAUUUUGUUUGUUCAUGUCGGUUCAGUGCUUGGAGCCGCCAAUGUUCGCCGCGCUCAGACAAUGGGACUGCCAGUCUAUGCAGAAACAUGUCCUCAAUAUUUCCAUCUCACCUGGGAUGAUUUGAAAAGGUUCCAUUCGCCAACCUGUUUCGAAAACAGCAAGAUGAUCUGCUCGCCACCUCCCCCUCCCACCAUCGCUGAUCAUGAAGAACUCUUCGUCGGUCUCUCAAACGGGACAUUCACGAUUUACUCAUCUGAUCAUUGCCCUUUCCGCUACGACCAUCCUCAUGGAAAACCAUCUGGUGUGUUAGAGCACGAAGCAAGUAUGGAGGGAGAGAAACCUUGUGAUAGCGAAGAGCUACAAGGUUUAUUGAAGCGGAAAGGAGGAGCAUUCCGCUUUAUCCCCAACGGGAUCCCGGGCGUGGAAACAAGACUGCCGUUGCUCUAUACAGGGGCAUUGGCUAGUGGUCGCAUUACGCCACAGAAAUUUGUCGAGUUGACAUCGACAAACCCAGCCAAAUUGUACGGACUAUAUCCUAAGAAGGGGACAUUGAUGCCCGGAUCAGACGCCGAUUUUGUGAUAUGGCACCCAGAGAAGUCAUUUUCACCAUUCAACCUCACUAAUUCUAUGCUACAUCACAAUGUCGAUUACACUCCGUAUGAAGGAAUGAGGUUUACGAACUGGCCUCGAUACACAAUCCUUCGUGGUAAGGUUAUGUGGGCAAAUGGCAAGAUAAACGGAAAGGUGCGAGACGGAGAGUAUGUCAAGCGCGGCCCUAGCAAAUUAGGGCCAAUAUCCCCCAGAGCUGAUCGCGAUCCUCGUCGUGUAGCCAGUUGGCUCUAUGAAUAA